AUGGCCACCUGGGCCCUCGGGGAACCCGCUGCCGCCCCCAGCUCCUACGGGGUGUUCUGCAAAGGGCUGUCCCGCACGCUGCUCGCCUUCUUAGAGCUGGCCUGGAAGCUGCGCUCGAAUUUCCCGUACUUCUAUGUCGCGGGCUCCGUCAUCCCUAACAUCCGCUUGCACGUACACUUCUAGAGCCGCGAUUACGCUAACGUUCUCUGGACCG